AUGAACGCCCAACCCCGCUCGGGCUUGGCCCUAGCUGCCCGCUACGUCGUGCCCUUCGGCCUCCUUUUGAUUCCGCUAUGGAUGACCCAAGUCAACUCCGUCGUCCCCGAACCAUAUCUCGACGAAGCUUUCCACAUCCCCCAAGCGCAAGCAUAUUGGGCGCACAAAUGGACACAAUGGGACCCCGCCAUCACGACUCCUCCCGGGCUAUACAUCUUCUCUUACACAGUUUGCGCUCUUAUCCUCUUUCUCCGAGGCUCCCCCACUGAGCUUGACCCUCCAGCACUCCGCGCAACCAAUGCCGUCGCUGCGGCCGUUCUCCUCCCAUUGCGCCUCCAGACUGUAUUGGACACCGUGCGGAAGCAGAAGAAUACUCGUCCCUCGGGCGCUUGGCUGAGCCAUACGGUUCUGAACAUCUGUCUCUUCCCGCCGUUGUUCUUCUUCUCGGGAUUGUACUACACGGAUAUCCUGGCGCUACUGGUUGUAAUCGAAGCGUACAACUGGGAUUUGAAUCGUUCACUGCGGCCGCGUCGGUCGGUACUUGAGACACUCGUGUUUGUAGGGUUUGGAGUCGCCGCGCUGGCUUUCAGACAGACCAAUAUCUUCUGGGUGUCUGUCUUCUUUGGCGGGUUGCAGGUUGUUCGGAGGCUGCGGAGGGCUACGAGAACCUGUAGCUCGGCUGCGCUAGCUGAUAUUUUUCAGGCUGGCUUGAAGAAUGAGCUCUAUGAUCCCCUAGUUUUAGACGCUUCGCUUGCAGACUACUUCAAGACCACCGUUUCGCUGUGCUCUGUUGCUCUGAACAACUUCGGUUCUGUGGUUUCAUGCCUGGUGCCGUACCUGCUCAUCCUGGCUGCGUUUGGCGGCUUUGUGCUGUGGAAUGGCAGUGUCGUCUUAGGACACAAGGAGUUUCACACUGCCAGUCUGCAUCUAGCGCAGAUGCUGUACUUAUGGCCGUACUUCCUUUUCUUCUCCUGGCCUCUCCUUCUCGCCCCGCUGGCCAACAUUCUCCUCCCGACGUUUAUGCUGCCGAAAUUCCUCAAUCAAGGCUUCCCAGCCUCCAGGAGACGACUUCCAAGCAUUCUCACGGUUAUCAUUGUCCUGCCUGUCAUGCUGGCAGUGAUACAUUUCAACACUAUUGUCCAUCCAUUUACCCUGGCUGAUAAUCGGCAUUACGUCUUUUACGUCUUCCGGAUCCUUAUGCGCUCUCAUCCUUAUACAAGGUAUGCGGCUACGAGCGUCUACUUCAUCGGUGCAUGGAUGGUCAUUUCCGCCAUGGGAUACUCGCCUUUCACGGCUCCACCCAAAGUCGCUUCAGUGGUCAAGCCGGAACCUCCAUCAGAGCCAUCGCAAGAUUCAACCGAGAAAAAGCAGCAAAAAUCGAAUCGCAAGCAAAAGGUAUCCAAGAAGGCCGCCCCAGCGGAACCCGCCGACCCUAUCUCUCCAGAAGCCUGGGCUGAGCUCCAGGAGCACAUCAUGCGACGGCAAAGAGCGCAGCACGAGACUUCUCGUGUAAGCUUCGUUCUUGUCUGGCUAGCUGCGACUACGCUGUCUCUCAUCACAGCGCCUCUGGUGGAGCCACGGUACCUUAUCAUCCCCUGGGUGAUGUGGAGGCUCCAUCUGCCGGUCUCUCCUACGCCGGUAGUUUAUCGCAAGGGUGUGGAGAACAAGGACGACCUUAAGGCCCGACUUGCGAUUAACUUUCCGUUGUUCUUGGAAACGGCUUGGUUUUUGCUUCUCAAUGUCCUGACUGGAGCUCUUUUCCUUCAUGGAGGUUUUGAGUGGCCGCAGGAACCUGGCAAGAUUCAGCGCUUCCUCUGGUAA